UCCCAAUUCUAAAUUCAUAAACCUCUCGGCAACGAAAACCUUAAACCCCUUUCUAGAGCAAGCAGUGUGCGUGAGAUCGAUGAUGGCAUUCAGAAGUCUCCGGAACACUCGGAAUGUUUAUCAAGCAUUGGAGAUUCGAAAAACAUCGCACCUGUGUGGAAACUGGAGGAGCUACUCGAAUCCUGGAAUAGAAGCUCCUGAGAUCAUUAACAAGAGAAACCCUUAUUGCUUCAAGGUCCAAAAUUGUCUACCUUCUUUCAUCCAUGGUGGUAAUAAGAUACUUCAUACUGCUAAGAUUGCUGAAUUAUCAAUCUUCUUGAAUGGUUCACGGAAUUUAUCAACACAAGUGAAAGCUCCUGCCCAGGCGCGAAAAAUGGGGGCUUUAAAGGUUUCCAUGCUAAGUCCUGGAAUCAUAUAUGAGCCAUAUGGUCCUCGUGAGCCUAUUUCUUUUUUGCGAAGGUGGUUCACAAGGACUGGAUGGAGAAGAACAAAAGAUGAUAUUUUUCUAGAGCUAAAAAAUGCAUAUGCUAUUGCCAAAUUGAGAAAAUCUGGUUACUCAAAGAAACAAUUCUAUGCUGAAGCUGUAAACUUAUAUAAAGAGAUAAACAUCUUAAUGGCAAAUGGUGACAAGACAACAUUACGGAAAAUGGUUACCGAGCAUAUGUAUUCCGCACUGAAGAGUGAAAUUAAGCAAAGAGAAUCUAGAUGGAGUAACGUUUACUGGGAACUGAUAGAGCCAGUCAUUAAAAUCCGAACUUUACGUGCUCGAAUGAUUGGAGUGGAUCGUGAUGAUCUGAGUAAAAUAUUUAUACAGCUCACACUUGAAUUUCUCUCCAAACAGAAAUUCGAGGCCUAUGAUUCCAAAGGAAAUGUGGUUGCUGGAAAUAGAGAUAAGGAGGUCCUUGUUCGUGAUAUUUGGGUUUUUGAAAAAUCCCAAUUUCACCCUGGUGCGUAUUGGCGUCUUUGUGGACGAAUUCCUGUAAAACCAGGUGAUAAAUAAAUGAUCAACUUCUUCUUCUUCUUCUUCUUCUUCAAGUCAUUUGGGAUUUUAAGGUGACAAAAAAGUCAUUUCAUUUGUUGUUUAAUGACAAAAUCAUGCAACAAAUUUUGUACGAAUGAGGUACAACCUUUUCCUUAUAAUUUGUUUAUCUUCAACAUCCAAAGACUAGCUAAAACCAUCAACGGCAAAAAUUAAUAAACAAUAUGUUGAAUUUUGGUGUAUUAGUAAAUAUUCUAUUCCCUCGUA